AUGGACACGCCGAAGAUCUUGGUGCUCCUCAUGUUCGCAACAGCGAUGCUGUCGUGGAUUCUCGCCACCGUCAAGUGGGCGGUCGAUGGUUCACUGCCUGCCAGGCUUGCGGUGUGGGGCCUGCUGCCUGAGGCUUUCGCAGCCAUCAGCGUGCGCUCGGUGGCUGCGUUGCUACGCCUGAAGAGCGGCUCCACGCCGGUGCUAGCGCUGAAGACCUGCGUCAGCGAUAGCAACGUGGAGGACUUGGCCGAGGCCCUGCGUCGGCACGGCAAGCAGGCAGAGCUGCAGUCCCUGGAGCUACCCUACAACCACGAGCUUACGGGAACAGGUGUCCAGCAGCUGGUUCAGGCAGUCACCGAAGGAGGGGUGGAACUGGAGGAACUGGAUCUCUCCUUCAACGCGCAAUUAGGUGAUGCUGCAGUGCGUGUCGUGCUGCCGUUGUGCGUGCCGCCCUUCCGAGUCUCAACGCUGAGGCUGGUGGACUGCUCCUUGGGCUGCGAUGCGCUGAAGCUGCUCGCAGAGCAUGCGACAAGGCUUCGGCUGAACGUCCUGCACCUUUCGGCGAACAAGUUCACCGGACUUGGUGACAUCUUGGUGGAGGUAAUGGAAGCUCCAGUGCUGGAGGACCUGGCUUUGGUACACUGCGCUCUUUCACUGGAGGACCUCACGAGUGUUGCCGAGCAGCUACCGUACACCUCCUUAAAGUCCAUCCAGCUGGCGAGCAACCAGAUCGACGGGACCGGUCUCAAGGUUCUUGCGGAACAGCUUCCGAAGUCGCAGCUGGACGAACUCGGGCUGGAGCAGAACCUGUUGAAGUCGGAGGACUUGAGCUGUCUUGGGACAGCAUGGGCACAACGCCCGUUCUCGCGGCUGCGGCUUGGCGGGAAUGCUGUGGAGAAGGAAGAGGUCGCGAACUUCAUCAAGACUCUGCGCCUGCUUCAAGCAUGA